CCGUGCUGUUCAACCCGAGCAGUUCAAGAUAAUUCCUCCACGACCACACCACGCUCCAUAUUCUACCUACCUAUCUCUACGACAAUCUCUCUCAGACCCCUCCUAUUCCCUCUAUCCAAUCCACAUACAAGCAUACCGUCGAGAUGGACAACGUCAGCAGCAGCCUUGGCUUCUCAGCCUCAUCAGACCCCAAAACAGCUGUCAUGAACCAAGUACGACAAGAAGCCGCCAUGACCAACGCCCGGCAAUUAAUCGAAAAAGUCAACGAGCACUGCUUCGAGAAGUGCGUCCCUAAACCCGGCUCUUCACUGUCGAGCGGCGAGACUACCUGCUUCACUUCCUGCAUGGAGAAGUACAUGGCGGCGUGGAAUACGGUUAGUAGGCAGUACAUCAAUCGGAUACAGCAGGAGUCGUCCAAGGGUGCUGGUGCGGGCGGGAUCUUUUAAGUUGUUGAUUGAUUGAUUGGGCUGGAUGUUGAGAAGAAGCAGACGACGCUGCUGUUCGAUUAGGAGGACGCUUGUACAAUAUGGGGUCGGAACUGUUGGCUUAUCAAAAAGGGGAUUUGAUGGGUUAUAGAUGGAUGACACGGAUUGCAUCGCCAUCGGUUUGCCUGGCAUUUAUUGCGGUAAAG